GUGGCAGGCUAUCAUAGCGUAAUCGUCAUAAUCAGCGUUAAUCAGCGUCACUUUCUUCACGUGUGUUGAGCUAGUCUUCAAAUACAGCCAGGAACGUGCGCGCCUACUAGCCUUCUGCUCAGUUCCCUCGUUAUUGUCAGCUAUUCAAAUGCAGUGUCAAACUUUCACACGGCGGACAGAAAGAGAAGUUGAGGCCAACAGGCGACCUCACAACUCGGCCAGUUAAACCUGGACGACCAGGACUUUAUGUGAGAAACCGGCUUAAUGAUGAUGCAGAUCAGAGGGAACAUCAGUCACCGGUGAUUUUAAACGAUUGCAUUUUGGGCUGGAGACUGAGGUUGUGCCAGGAGCAUCUUCAUCAUCCAUGUCUGAUGCCUCCUGUCCCUGCUGACUGCUGACGGCUCAACAUCAUCCAUCUGUUCUUCUACUUGGAGCUACACUUUCUUCUUCUUUCACGCAAUCCUUCCCCCAUCCGCCUGUCUGUCCACCGGUCAUGAAUCCCUACAGACACACAGGUCCACCUUCUGAACCUUAUAAUUCACAAGAUCCAUCUCUGUCGGCCACCGUACAGUCUCCUCCACUCAUCCACACAGGUCAUAGCUCUGUGACAGUUUUGAGCCAUAAUGUCCCUCACUAUCAGGCCUCGUCAGACCCCAAUGGAGGAAACCCGGUCCUAUCACCAAAUUCGGACCACGCCGCCUCAUUUCUUCCAGGUUCCAGCCUAGUUUUAGUGUCGUCUUUAGCUCAAAGUCUAUCUCCAGCUCCCCCACAGAACCCUUACCCUGCCCCCAGCACCCCCCCCUCCUGCCAGGUCUCUGUCAUCAUCCCGUCCCCAGACCUCCGCCCGUCUCCUCUGCCGUCUCAGUGCGCCGAGGACACCUGCCCGGACCUGGAGUGCGCAAUCUGCUUCAGCCAGUUCAACAAUGUCUUCCGCUGUCCCAAGAUGCUUCAAUGCAAGCACACAUUCUGCCUUGAGUGCCUGGCGCGCAUCAACGUCAAGUCGGCCGAGCCAAACGCCAUCCAGUGCCCGCUGUGCCGCGGCCUCACGCCCCUGCCCACCCUCGGCCUGCCCAAACUGGCCACAAACUCAGACAUGCUGUCCUACCUGCCGGCCGCCAUGCAGAGAGUCUACAGCAUCCGCUUCCUGCGCAACAAAGGGAAGCUGCAGGUCAAAAGGUCAUCUGAAGGUCAGCGGCAGUGGGGUCAGAGGUCGCUGACAUCUCUAAGGUCGAUGAACCGCUCUCUGGACGUGGGGCUUCCCAGCCCGCCUGCCGGGAGCCGCGGCGCAGAGGCGGGCGGCAUAGGCGGAGCUUUGUUCCGCCUGACGGGCCGGCCGGCGUGCCGGGCCUUCCUCCUGACGUCUGUGGUGAUGAUGAUGGUGCUGCUGACGGGCAUCAUCAUCUUCCUCCUCACAUACAAAAAUGACAAAAGUGGGUGACAUCACAUUCUUCCUGCUGCUUUUAAUUUCAGUGGUGGAGAACGGUAGAAUUCCACCAUCUGAAUAUAAUUGAGCAUCUGUCUCAAAAACUGAUUCAGAUGUUAAAUAGAAAGCAAUUGUUUCUGGCUUUUAAUGUUCCAAAGACAGGACACAAAUACUCACUCAUGAGCUGAGAAAGGGAGAAGCAUAAAGACUUUCCACUCAUAGAUUUUAGAAUUAAUCCUUAAAAUUGACUCCCAAAAUGCAGGUGAAAGGUACAGUAUCUGUGAGACUGAGAAGCAGUGAGACUGUUUUACAGUACUUGUGCCAAAAGUUUUAAAUGAUUGGCUAAAUGUAGCUGGACGUGAGAUCUUUCUGCCUAAAGCAACAAAAUGGCAGUCAUGUAACAGCUGAGAAAGAGAAGCACUGGAACGUGGGAAGUGGUGGACUUUAAUCUGACUUUCAGCCCUUAAAACUUCGACCUUCAGUUACUUUGGGUUUUGGGGGGAAACACUCACAAUCACCACUUUUUUAAUGUCUUGAAUUUCAUUUUACAAAAUGGCUGAUCCGAUGGUCAAGUGAUGGCAGAUAAGAUGAGAAAUGUAGGCGUGCUGUAUUAUGCUGAUUUAUAUUACAAGGUCUCUGGUGGCUCCCAUCCAGCUGCAGAUAAGGGACUGAAUCUAAUUACACUGUCCCAUUGGGACAUAAAACUCCAUCAAAAUAUAAUGCGUUAAAAAAACAAAACAAUCAAUACUACGUAAAGCUGUCUCCAGGCGGUGCCAUCUUCAUAUUUAAACUUCCUUUUGGCAGCUUUUAGCACUUUAAAGAAAGCCUAGCACCUGAAUUGUCCGUCUGUUUCUGUGUUCCGUCUUUCUAAAUGGCUGUUAUUUACAUGAGUCCAUUUCCUCCUGUCUCACCUCUGCCCCGCAUAAUCAAAUGCUGUAAACAGGAGCCAUGCAAAUAAACGGAGUCCUAGUUACAGUCUGACAGAGCACAGGCUUUCCAUAGAAGCUGAAACAUUAUGCAUGAUGGAACUGAAUAUCGCUGGACAGUGUAACAACAGAAAUAUAUUUUUCCACUUUACCUCUAGAGCUGUCUCUCCAUGCAGAUUUUUUUUUUAUUAUUUAUCUAGGUUUUCAGAUUAUUUUGGCCUCAACAUUGAUACAAUGGAGGAUGAUGGGGUUCCAUUUGAGGUGUUAACGGCAUCGGAAUGCCUUCUCAUAAUUUAGUUUUCACAGUUAAAUUGUUUGUAAAACUCUUGUUGUUGUUGUUUAUUCACAGUAGCAGGGACCUUCUGUUGCAGUUUGAUUUAUUCUUUUUGGACGUACUUUCUCAGGACUGCAAGCGCCACAAAAUAAAUCCCAUCCUCAAUGUAAUUGACAUGGAGGCAGAAAUGUGAAAACUUGGACGACUAAAAUGAAAACUGUCUGCAUGUAUUUUGUUGUGGUGACUUUA